GGGUAGGUUGGGACGGUAGUUUAAUUACGUGCCUGGGAAUUGCGUCAAUUUGUACUUUAGCAUUUGAAAAAAGUGCUGUGAGCGUGGCGUGGGGCUGGUGGAGAGUGAGGCGAAUGUGCGGUUGUGAAACCAAAGGACCGUAAGUCCCUCUCCCUCCAAACGAGACCGUCCCGCGGGCUCUGCGGCCGCCUCUGGACCGUCCGGAGAGAACAUGGCGGCGCCCGGAGCCCGGAGCUGCAGCCUCUCGGGCCUGCUCCCGGCUCAGACCUCGCUGGAGUACGCUCUGCUCGACGCCGUCACCCAGGAGGAGAAGGACAGCCUGGUCUACCAGUAUCUGCAGAAGGUGGACGGCUGGGAGCAGGACUUGUCAGUGCCCGAGUUUCCGGAAGGAUUAGAAUGGCUGAACACAGAAGAAUCUAUUUCUGUCUACAAGGAUCUAUGUGGAAAAGUGGUCGUCCUUGAUUUCUUCACCUACUGCUGCAUAAACUGUAUUCACCUUUUGCCUGAUCUUCAUGCAUUAGAACACACAUACUCUGAUAAAGAUGGUCUUCUGAUUGUUGGUGUUCACUCGGCUAAGUUUCCAAAUGAAAAAGUCCUGGAUAACGUUAAGAGUGCUAUUCUUCGAUACAACAUCACCCACCCUGUGGUUAAUGAUGCAGAUGCCAGCCUUUGGCAAGAACUAGAAGUUUCCUGCUGGCCAACUCUGAUCAUACUUGGACCCCGUGGAAACAUGUUGUUUUCUUUGAUUGGAGAAGGACAUAGAGAGAAAUUACUUUUAUAUACUUCAAUAGCUUUAAAAUAUUACAAAGACAGGGGACAGAUCAGAGAUAAUAAAAUUGGAAUAAAACUCUAUAAAGAUUCUUUGCCACCUUCACCAUUGCUGUUUCCUGGCAAAGUAACAGUAGACCAUGUUUCUAAUAGAUUGGUAAUAGCAGACACUGGACAUCAUAGAAUUUUGGUCGUCUGGAGGAAUGGACAAAUUCAGUACAGCAUUGGAGGACCCAACCCUGGAAGAAAAGAUGGAAUGUUUUCAGAGUCAACUUUUAACUCACCACAAGGUGUAGCCAUAAUGGAUAAUAUCAUAUAUGUGGCAGAUACAGAAAACCACCUUAUAAGAAAGAUUGACCUAGAAGCUGAGACGGUGAGCACUGUAGCUGGCAUUGGAAUUCAAGGUACAGAUAAAGAAGGUGGAGCUAAAGGAGAAGAACAGCCCAUUAGUUCUCCUUGGGAUGUAGUUUUUGGAAGGUCAGGUUCAGAGGUCCAAAGAGAUGACAUUCUGUGGAUAGCCAUGGCAGGGACUCAUCAGAUAUGGGCAUUCCUGUUGGACUGUGGCAGAUUACCAAAGAAAAAUGAGUUAAAAAAAGGAACCUGCCUUCGGUUUGCUGGAAGUGGAAAUGAAGAGAAUCGAAAUAACUCAUAUCCUCACAAAGCAGGUUUUGCCCAACCUUCAGGUCUUUCUCUGGCCUCAGAGGAUCCCUGGAGCUGCCUGUUUGUAGCAGAUAGUGAGAGCAGUACAGUGAGAACCGUCUCGCUGAAAGAUGGAGCAGUGAAGCACCUUGUGGGAGGAGAGAGAGAUCCCAUGAAUUUAUUUGCUUUUGGUGAUGUUGAUGGAGUAGGAAUCAAUGCAAAGCUUCAACACCCACUUGGAGUAACUUGGGACAAGAAAAGGAAUUUACUUUAUGUGGCAGACUCUUACAAUCACAAGAUUAAAGUUGUGGAUCCAAAAACAAAAAACUGUACAACAUUAGCGGGAACUGGAGAUGCAAGUAAUGUUAUCGGUUCCAGUUUUACCAACUCAACUUUUAAUGAACCAGGAGGCUUGUGUAUUGGAGGGAAUGGUCAGUUAUUAUAUGUGGCAGACACCAAUAACCAUCAAAUUAAAGUGAUGGAUUUAGAAACAAAAACAGUUUCUGUGCUCCCAGUCUUCAGAUCUGAAAGUGCGACGGUGGACGGCCCAUUCCUAGCAGAAAAACAGAAGACCUUACCCAGACUACCUAAAUCUGCUCCAGGCAUUAGACUUUCCCCAGUGGCUGCAUCUCCAGGGCAAACUCUUCAGUUCAAGCUAAGAUUAGACCUCCCAUCAGGAACAAAGCUAACUGAAGGCGCACCCAGUUGCUGGUUUCUAUCAGCUGAAGGCAAUGAAUGGCUUCUUCAAGGACAGAUACCAUCUGGAGAGAUAGAGAGCAUUUCCAGUCAACCAACAAUCUCACUGCAGAUUCCUGGGGAUUGUUUAUCACUUGAAGCCGUUCUAUCUAUCAGCGUAUUUCUUUAUUACUGUAGUGCAGACAGCAGUGCCUGUAUGAUGAAGGGAGUUUUGUUCAGUCAGCCUUUACAAAUAACCGAUACACAACAAGACUACAUACCUCCAGUAGAACUCAAGUAUAUAUUUUAGCAAGCUGGCCAGCAUGCCAGUGCCUCCUCUUCUCCAUCCCCACCAUCACUGUGUAAUUUAUGAAAAGAAGCUUUAUUUCUGCCUCUGGGUACCCAGAAACCCAUUGUUGAGUUCUCACAACUGAUACUAAAAUAAAGCUAUGCUCCUUAUUUAUUUAUUAUAGACAAAUUCCUUCAUUCUCACUGUGUACCAGCUAAGUCAUUGACCGUGAUUUGAACCAUGAUCCUGUAAUCUGUGCUGCUAUUUGGCACAAGACUUAAGUCCACAUUAUAGGACAGAGUAUUAUCAUGAGAUAAUUUGCAGUGAAUACUGAUAACAAUAAUGAUACCAAAUAUUUUAACUAACUUUUUUACAUUUUUCAAGCAGCACUUCUGAAUGUGUAAAUUUCACAGUAACUUUAAACACAGAAGUUAAGAUCCAGUCCACAUAUUAUAAGGACACCUGCCAUUCAAGGUGUAAGGUCUGUUUUAGGCCCCCAAAAACAUCUUUUCAUCACAGUAGCAGCUUAAAGAGUACUUAGGUGGUAAAAAUGUUCUUUCUUCUCUUCUGCGAUUUUCUCAUUUGAGAUAUAUUUAUUCAGUCUAUUUUAUUAUAAAUUAUUUGCUAUUUUAACAUACCAUUAUUAAUGGUAUGUUAAAUAUUCUGUAUAUUUCUAUAUACAGAAAAUAUAUUUCUAUAUUUCUAAAAGUUAGAGUCUCUAAGGACAUACAGGCUCACUCCUUUAACUUUUUUCUGAAUUGAACAGUCUUACCAAAUAACGGAUGAAUCCACAGAAAUAUUGACUUUCAAGGAGAAAGGGACUUUGGGACACAUUACUGUCUGUGAUACCACUUAAAGAACUGUGACACUGAAUCUGAUGUAAAUGGGUAUGUAUGUUGUCUUAGAAGUUUCAGUUGAAGCACUAAAUGCAGAUUUGUUGGAUUUGGGAGGUUUUUUGGUUCCCAUAUUCAGAAUUUAAAUGAUGAUCAUUUAUUAUGAUGUUUUUAAAAAUUACUGUCAAGCCUUCAAAGUGAAAAUUUCAAUGUGAAGCACUUUCAUGCUAUUAAUAUGUAUAGUAUAUCUUAAUAUAUUACUUUAAAAUAUUAAGGCGGAAACAUACAGUGAUUUGAUGACACUGUUUUUGGUGGGGUUUUUUUAACCUUAAAAGAAAUAGUCACCAGAAGAUAUUGAAAGGUUUUUUUAAUCAUAAUUUCUCUUUAUAACUAUUUUAAAAGCCUCUGCUUGUUUUUACUAAAACUGAUUCAACAUGUUUGUGGUUUAAUCAGCUUACAAGAUUUUUAAAAACAGGUGAAUCACACUUAUUCAGUAAAUAUUUAUAGACAAUAUAGCAUAAUAUGCCUUCUCCCUUCAAAACUAGUGCUCAAUUUGAAGUGUAAUUUUUUAAGCAUGAUCAUCUUUAUAUUUUUUUGAACUAUAGUUUUGAACAUACUAUACACUUCUUUUAUUCAGGUUACCUAAAUCUGAAGUAAGGAAAUGCAUAGAUCAUGACUUUCAUUUAAUUUGUAGCCUGCUAAAGAUAUUUUUAAAGAGAAGUAUUAUAAAUGUAAAGUUAAAAGGAAUUCUGUUUAAAAUUAUAUAUACGUACCGCAUAAACCUUUUCUCUCCAUAAAAAAAAUAUGUUCUGUAAUAAAAGGAUGUACAACAUUAAUUUUCUCUUUUAUGGAGAAUAGGCCAUAGUAAUUUUUUAAUCUCAUUUUAUUAUUAUAGUUCUCAUUUCCAGUUGGACAGGAUAGUUUGGCUUAAUUUUUUCCUAUUUAAGGACAAUAAUUUCACUCUGAAAGAAGUAUAUACAGUUUUAAAUUGCUAUUUCAGGAAUGCCUGAUAACUAUUUUUUCAGUAUUAUACACAAAUAUACACACAGUAUGUAUUUUCAUGUACACUAAAAUCCAAAAAUUUCUUAGAAUAUAUUAAUGUUCACUUCGUCUAGACAGUUUUCUGUUAGUAUUAAGCUUAUGCUCUUCUUGACUUUCAAAGUACAGUUUUACUGAACAUUCUUAUUCUUAGCCAGCCACUAGUCUGCAUUGUUUUUUACGUUCAAAAUAUUAUUUAUAUGGAUUGGUAUGAUUUUUUUGUAAAUCAUAUUAAGCAGUAUAAAUAGGUUCCUAGAAUUUAUGACUAACAUAAAUCUCUUACAUAAGAGGAAGCACUAGAAAGUUUAUUUUUAAAAACUUUGUGAUUCCUGACUUCUGUUUUCUAUAAGGAUUUCUGCAUAUUUUUUAAUUUAUGCAUGAGGAAAAGCAAAAGUUAUGUUCAGUGAUAGUUUAAAAAAAGAUUUUAGUGUUAGUCACUGUAAUCAAAGUGCCAGUAAUGUGGCAUUACAUACACUUAGACAUAAUACCUGGGAUUUUGCCCGAAAUUAUUAUGCUGCUUUGUCACCAUUUUUUCUGCCACUCGUUAUGAUAUCAUUUCACAAAUGGUAGAAUUUUCUUUUCUGAAUUUGUACUCAGGAUUGAUAUCUCUGAAAAGAAUUUUGCUUAUCUUGAAAAUGCUGUCUGAAGCAAAUAUUUAACAUUUUCACAAGGGGAAACUUUACAGUUUAAUCACCCAUAAGUGUAACUUUGGUAAAGUUCAAUGACUAAAUAAUUGUCUCCUUAACUGUUCUAAUAAUAUAUUUAGCUAUAGUGUUAUCAGGCCUGCAGAAAGCUAUAAAUCUUAAAACAGCCAAAAAAAGCUUAGUAUAUGUAGAUGAGUGUAUGUAUAUAUGUAUGUGUAUGUAUACUUAUGCAGAUACAAAGAUCAACUCAAUUUCUCACAUGGCCAAUAUACUUUGGAGCUAGUACCACUGAAAUAAGUUAUUCUCUGCUUAUUUUUCCAUAGUUGGAAAAUUUGCGAGGACAUUAAUAAUACAUACCUCUGUAAUAUAAUUUUCUGCUUGCCCAACAUUUAGCAUUAGUUUAUAUCUGCCAAUUAAAAACAGUCUAGCCAUUAUAUUUGGCAUCAUGUUUAAGAACAAUCAUCAAAAACUAAAUUUCAUAGCUCAAGAAUUGCAUAAAAAUAUACGCAGAGGGACUGUGUCAGUGGUGGACUCUGAAUGGUGGUCUUGUGAAUAUUUUUGUUUUCUACUUUUCCGUAAUUUUUUUUUCAUUGAGCAAUGGGUUAUUUAAAUAAAAAAAAAAACCCAACUGGGAAUGUGCUUUAAAGAUUUAAAAUGAAAUGAACAGUAAGGACUUGCUCUAUAAUAGCUUUUCUAAAGUCACU